AUUUAGAGAAUUAUUUCUUUACUCUUAAACGUUUACGCUCAUUUACAUCGAUUCAACGGCGACAGUCUUCCGUGCGGAUUGCAGACAACUUGUUAAUGAACAAGCGUCCCCGUGUCCAGUCGAGCGAGAGAGUUUGUAAUCAUGUCAGAGAAAGAAAAUAACUUCCCCCCACUGCCCAAGUUCAUUCGGCUGAAGCCGUGUUUCUACCAGGACAUCGAGGGCGACAUUCCUCCGCCACACACGCAGACCGUCAAGCGGCUCUACUACCUCUGGCUAUUGCAAGGGCUGACGCUGGCCGUGAACCUGAUCGGAUGCCUCGCCUGGAUCAUCGGCGGGGGCUCGGCCACCAACUUUGGCCUGGCCAUUGUGUGGCUCCUUCUCUUCACACCGUGCUCCUACGUCUGCUGGUUCCGUCCCAUCUACAAAGCCUUCAAGACCGACAGCUCCUUCAACUUCAUGGCGUUCUUCUUCGUGCUCACAGCUCAGUUCGCGAUUAACGUCAUUCAGGCCAUCGGCAUCUCCGGCUGGGGAGUCUGUGGCUGGAUUGCGACCAUAUCGUUCUUCAGCUACAACAUCGGAGCGGCCGUCGUGAUGCUGAUCCCGACCAUCAUGUUUACCGGCCUCGCCGUGCUCUCCUUCAUCGCGUUAACCAAGGUGCACGGAUACUACCGCGGCAGCGGCGGCAGCAUGAGCAAGGCGCAGGAGGAGUGGACGACGGGAGCGUGGAAGAGUCCCGUGGUGCAGCAGGCCGCCUCGCAGGCCGUCGCCUCUCAACUGCAGCAGCAGCAGCAGCCGCCUGCUUACGGCAACGUCCCAAGCUACGGUUAUGGGUCUGACCCCAUGGCGCCCGCCGAUCCGUAUGGUGGCGGCGGCGGUGUUGGCGGUGGCGGCGGCGGCGGUGGUGGCGGCGUUGGCGGUGGCGGCGGCGGCGGAGGAGGAGGCUAUGGCGGAAGUGCCGGGGGUUAUGGGGGAAACGCUGGGGGUUAUGGGUAUGGAAACGAAUACGGGACAAAUGCCAACCCGACUGCCGGUUAUUCCUACGGAAAUCAGAUGUGAUUUGUUCUUAGUUUUUUUGGUUUGCAGCGAUGUAAAGAAACUUUAAAGUGAGGGGUCGUAGUCCGCGUGUGUUUCAUUACCUAUUUAUUUCCGUUUAGUUUGUAUCAUUCGGUGUGGAUUUGCUGUUACCGACAGAUCGAGAGUCGCUACUGCCGAGUUUCAAUGCUACAAGGCGACGAUCGGUCACUCUCGUUUCGUUACACUGAUUAAGUGGCUUCCGGUACGUCUUCAAUUCUGGCCGCGCGUAGGUUUUUUCCGAGGAACGUACGUUGCGUACGUUGCGUGCACGUUGAACUUCUUUCGCACCAUACGUAGCCAACCGCGCUAAUCGGAGGUGCGGAGGAAGGACAAGCAAACUAACACGCAAAAUGCAGCUCGAAAGAAAGUGAGUUUUCAAUCUCGAUGAUUUUAAAGUGCGUAGCUCUCGGUGGCUUCCUAAUAUCGCAAGGAAAGAGCGUUCCAGACGGCCGCGGAAGCAGCACAUCUGAAAGCGCCGUUCGAUGGCUAACAGCCAAAAGCCUCCGCUGCUUCGAGGAUGAGUGAAGUUGGCGUGGCGACGGUUUUAACGUAACGGUUUUGAUGAAUCGUCACGAUUCAGGGUCGCGGUCAGACAGGCGAAUCGGUUCUCAUAUUGCCCCUUGUGCAGUGUUUUGGAAAUCCACAACGGUUGUUGUGGUUCUGACAAGUCGUAGUAGUAGUAGUGGUGGUACGGGUUUCGUGACCACUAUCCACAAUAGAGGUUCUUUUUUUGGGUUCGAUCGCAUAAAUACGAAUGCGUCGUGAAAACACGGCACCACCAGACACAGCCAAUUAGUAAAAGUUUGUCACGUGAACAAUAAAAACACACACCGGUUAGUGCUGAACUAGUAACGAAUUGCCACGUUCUGUUUACGUGGCAAGCCUUACUGAUUGGUUGUGUCGGGUGGUGGCGAGUUUAACGACACAUUCAUAUUGACGCGAUCGAACCCAAAACGACCUCUUUUAUGGCUGUGGUUCUGCAGUAUACGCCAGGAUUGUUGCGAUUUGGCGAUAAUCAAAUUCGCCGUACGAUAUGUACAAUCCACGAUCACCAUAGUGACCCGGUUCUUUUUUCUCUCCGCGAUAUCGUGAUCAUCGUUGCUAAUUUUUGUAAUACAUAUCUCAUUUCCUGACUAUGUGAAAUAACAACCAUGGUAAUGAAAGUUCUAAAUAAGUAGCUAACCACUAGAAACAUAUCAUUUUCCUGCAUCGCAUCUUGCAAGCGUUUGACUACCUUCGUACUUAAUUUUAUUAGUUCUUCUCUAACUGACGGCACGUGAAUCGCCGCGAUCGUAAAGUCUUCGGGUUGAGUGAACUGCGGUAAGAACGCUUUCGAGUUAAAAAAAAAUCUCUCGUCACGCUUGAGCGCACAGCAGAUUUUUGUUAGUUUUUUUUUACGUAGCACGGACAAUUUGCUCGGCACGAUUUCCGUCGGCGCUGCGCUUGGGCGCUGAGAUUGGGCGCUGAGAUCUCAAUCGUUGUCGUCGUCGCGAACGUUCAUUGUCAGCUUGGCAAUCGCAAACGUUUAUUCUGUGCCCACCGUAUACUCCACUGUGGCGUGAAUCAAUGAUGCACAGCAGCAGCAGCAGCGGGGAUCUAUAGAGCGGUGGUUCUCAGAGUGCGGUUCCCGUACCCCGGUGGUCACCGGUACUCCGGUGGGCCCAGGUACCCCCCGGCGACCUUCCUCCAAGUCGGUCGACGCGGAAUUCACGACAACGUUCAAUCCCUUCUUGUUUAGGACAUUAAUAUUUGACUUGUGAUAUUUAAUUUUUAAAUGACGUUAUGUAAACUACCCUGAUUGAACUAACCCUAACAAGAUCUAAAUGGCUCCCCCACCCCUCCUUAAAAAAAAUCUUGUCGCCGCGUAGAAAAAAUUAGUUUUUUUUUUAUGUUACGGUAAUACGAAUCACUUUGAUUGACCGGUAUUUAGAGAGAGAAGUGAAUGCGUCUUGUCACCUGGCGCGGGGUGGGGGGGGGGGUGCUCUGGGUGUGCCGGCCCUAAACGAGUUUGAGCGACAACAACCGCUCGAUCCAACCCAAAGUGAUCCGUCGAUUCCACAUCGGCUAAAAAUCUGUUGACUCUGUGGUGGUGCGAACGUGUUAAAGCUCCGGCGACUAGCUAAGAGGGGUAGGAAACUGUUGAAUCUGCAGUGCUAACACUACAGGGACUCUUCUACUUACGGAACGAGUUGGGUUCCAGAGGUCUGUUCGUGAGUCGAUUGGUUCGUAAGUAAAACUCCACUCCCGUCGCUUCCAAACGCGUGUCACGGUGCGUACCCCGGCAGUUUACUCGAGAAAAAUGGCAGCUGAACCCGGCUCGAACAGGACACACCGUUGGGGCGGUACGGCUUGCCGUAGACUUGCACAGCAGGGCACGGUGGGCCGCCAAGACUUGGGGGUUAUCGCGGUGAGAAUAACAUCGUGGUUGUAUUUAAACCGACGGUGUUCGGGUUCUCCUUUGGAAAAGUAAACACUGGACGAGUUCCCUGCCACGGGAACGUCGAAUUUCCUUCACUGGAUUGUGGCCACGAGUGGCUUGCGCACGAGGGUACGGCGAGCCACGACUUGCCGUAUGUAUUAAUAUCUUCCCUGCGGAGUGGUGGCGGUUAUUUGGUGGUUGUAUUUAAAACAAAACUGACGAUGUUGUUGGGGGGGGGGGGGGGGUUGUGUUAGAAAGUCAACACUGGUUUGUCCUAUGGAAAUCCCGAGUUCCCUGCCAGGGGAACGGCGAAUUUCCUUCACUGGAUCGUGGCCACGAGUGGUUACGGGCAACAUCCAUUGCCCCGUUGGAGGUGGAGAGUAGGCCACGACUUUCAGUAUUUAUAUUAUUCGUGUGUUAUCAUUGAGCAUGUUGUGAAUUGCCCACAAUAACGAAACACGGAGGCGCGGCGCGAGUGUUAAUUAUGUCGUGAGUGAGUGAAUUAAUUCCAUCCUGAAAUGGAGGGGUUUUAUUUUUUUUGCGGGCAGUUCGUGCGCGUGCAAUUUGUUGUUCCGUUAUCGGCUUUGCAUCCCCUGCACCGUUUGUAGGUUGGGCGGCUCCCCGCUUUCACGACGUCGCAACGCGUUCCCCGGGAAGCCCCAUCGUAGACGGUAGAAACGGGAGAGACAUCACUUGCCGAUGUGUUUUUUUUACCUUUCAUCAGCCGUAUUUAACGCGGUUUAUCAAGAGGUAAACAUCAACAACGACGAACAAAACCCUCGCUCGAGAAAAACAACAUCUCCACGCCAAGUCACGUCGCGAACCAGACCGGCUGUUCACAUGCUUCAACUAAACUUUUGUUAAGUACGGCCCUCUGAACUACGUACAGGGUGAAUUUUGAUUUAAAGCUUUCGUGACUGCAGGGAUUCAUAUUCUUGGUUCUUUCGGUAAAGUCACGUAGAAGGGAAAUAAUAAAAUAAUAAUAAUAUGAAACAAUAAAAAUUCUCACGACGUUUCGACUGCAACACACACCUGAUGAUGAUUGCUUGUGUUGCAGUCGAAACGUCGUGACGUUGAUUCUAAUACUUGUGGAGGGAUAAACCGGAAGAAUUGUUCACGCGACCACGGGGAGAGAGAGAGAGACACCGCAAACUCCGUAUACAGCAGGCAUCAGGGUCGGGAUGGAACCCACGACCCUCCUGUAUACCAAGAGAGGUAGUUAACAUCUUGCAGCCGUGAUGACGAUGAUGAGAGAGACACCACAAACUCCAAACAUACAGCAGGCGUCCGGAUCGGGAUGAAACCCAUGACCCUCCUGUAUACCAGGAGAGGGAGUUAACAUCUCUUAGCCACCGCGUUUGAAGCCGUGUCGGAAGGUGCGUCGUUAAUCGAAACGUAAGCCGGAGACCGCCUGUAUCUGCUUUAGGUUUUUUUGGGGGGAUGGGGGUCGGAGGGGGAAUGUGUUACGUCAGCUGUUGGGGGUCGGGGUUGGAAGUGAAAACGCCGCGCUUGAAACGAAACCAAUGCUCCUUGUUGCUUCCUUGAGCGUGAAACGAUGUUUGGUUGCGGGGCCGUGGUACGACAGGCAGUGAAUCAUGAAACUCGGGCGUGAGUCACGGCGGCUUCGCGUGGCAACGGGGUGAACAUGCUUCACGUGGUUAUCUCAGUUGCUGUUUGAAAGCAUUGACCCGUGGGAUAAAACAUUCGCCACUGUAUUAUAUAUUUUCUUGGUUCUUUCGGUAAAAUGUUCUUGCUGUGGAUUUCACGCCUGAUGAUGAUUGCUUGUGUUGCAGUCGAAACGUCGUGAGAGUUUUAUUGUUUUAUAAUUUUUUAAAUUAUUUUAUUGUUUCCCUUCUACGUGACUUUACCGAAAGAACCAAGAAUAUGAAUCCCUGCAGUCACGAAAGCUGUAAAAUCAAGACUGUAUUAUAUGUUUAUUGGGAUAACUUAAAAAAGCGUCUUACUGGGAUCGGGAUCUGGCGUGGUUUAAUGGUUCGGGGCCGUUCAUAAAUGACGUCACGCACCUAGGGGGGGGGUGGGGGUCAGACAUUUGUGACGAUGUGUGCCGAGGGGAGGGGGGGUUUGAGAAAUGUGACGUCACAUCAAAAUGCGCAACUUUAAAUAAAUAUAGACAACACGUUCUACUUAAUUAAAUAUACUUUUAAAUAAAUGUCUCCUACAACAUCAGAGUGCAGCGCCACAUUAAAUACGCACUACAAUGACAAUAGUUUAAAGCGAUUUGAAGCAUGUUUUAUUUUGGGGGGAGAGGGGGUGGCAGAGCUUUGUGACGUCAUAUUUGAGGGGGGGGGGGUCUGACUUUCUGCGACGCCGUGUGACGAGGGGGGGGGUCAGAAAUCGUCCAAAAUCUCGUGACGUCAUUUAUGGACGGUCCCUUAGCACACUGAGGCUUGCAAUCCAGAGGUCGUCGGUUCAAUCCCCGGGUACGGAAGUUGAAGCAACGGGCCAAUCUAUGGGACCCGUUUUGCCGGUAUCGACGUGAUGGGGGGAAAAGAAUAGGAUGUACCCUUUAAGGCAAGAUUACAGGAGGUGUUAAGAUGUUCAAAUACUAAUUAGACACCUAUUAAUCAGGCAUACCCCAACCCCUAUCACUAUCACUACCCCAACCCCUAUCACUGCCCCUUUCACUACCCCUAUCACUACCCCAACUCCUAUCACUACCCCAACCCCUACCCCUAUCACUACCCCUAUCACUACCCCUAUCACUACCCCAACUCCUAUCACUACCCUAUCACUACCCCUAUCACUAUCACUACCCCUAUCACUACCCCAACCCCUAUCACUACAACUACCCCUAUCACUACGCCUAUCACUACCCCAACCCCUAUCACUACUACUACUACCCCUAUCACUACCCCAACCCCUAUCACUACCCCUAUCACUACCCCUAUCACUACCCCUAUCACUACCCCAACCCCUAUCACUACUACUACUCCUAUCACUACAACUACCCCUAUCACUACCCCUAUCACUACCCCUAUCACUACCCCAACACCUAUCACUACUACUACUACCCCUAUCACUACCCCCAACACCUAUCACUACUACUACUACCCCUAUCACUACCCCAACCCCUAUCACUACCCCUAUCACUACCCCAACCCCUAUUACUACUACUAUUACCCCUAUCACUAGCCCUAUCACUCCCUCUACCCCUACCUGAAUCUGUAUUGUACUGGAAGAAUGCGAUGAGCUGUGAAGCUCUUUAAUUCACAGAUGUCCAGUAGGGACGCGGGGUCAGAACGUAACAACAACAAACGAUACAAACAUCACGAUAGGAGUGUAAAGUAUAUAUAAGGUAAACAAAUAACUUUAAAACAAACUAAUUGUAUCUUACCAGGUAAAGUCCACGAUUAGCUUCCUUUUUCAGAAUCGACCAGGCCGCAAAUGAUAGCUGAACGAAAGUGGCUUAUGAUCAUGUAGACAUUCAUAGCAGCCAAUAAUCUUAAAUAAUCUUACCCUUACCCAUCCUUAACCACUCCGCACCACCACGUUUAAUAAACCCACUCUUUAUUGUAAUCACUAUCGUCGUAAAAUUAAGGAAACUUUCUUUAUAUGACCAGGUAAGGCCCACUGAGAGCAUGCAAACUCCAAAUACACGGCAGCAGGCGUCAGGGUCAGGGUCGAACCCACGACCUCCUGCAUACCAGGCGAGAGAGUUAACACUCGUCACCGCUAUAAGAUAACGUAGGGGCCCCUAUUUAAAAAAAAAAGCUCGACGUUUCGGGAUGGCUCCUGGCCCAGCCUAGGAAGGUUCCAGUCCUGCCAUUGGCAGCUUCUACCACCCAGCGAGGCUUACCCACGUGGUAGUUUUAAACGCGUGCUUGGAAGUGUAUUAGUCGUUGAGAGUAUUAUAUGCAUUACGCGUGUUUUGGAGAAUGUGGAUGUGGCAUUGUUGUUGUUCGUGUGCUGUCCUUGUGCUGCUGCAGCUGUUGGCGUGUGUGCGUACAAGUGCUGUGUCUUCGUUGUUAGUGUUGACGACACAAUUUCACCGAUGCUACGUACCCAGGAAACGUGCAACGUUGGCUCAACGUUGGACCAACCAACGUUGGUUGAUUCAACGUUCGACCAACGUUGCCUCAACAUUGGCGCAAUGUUUCAAGUUUACUGGGUAUGUACAUAAAACUACAAAAAAAUGAAACAAAGACAGGGAGGAGGCUUUGAUCGGGAGGUAACGAUGGCAGUUUAGUGAAGUUUACUGACGGUAAAACGUUUACUGAAUGUAAACUGAACCAAUGUGAGGUGACGCUUUUAAUGAAUUCACUGCGUGUCAUUGAUACAUUGUAAAUCAUUCCAUCCAUCGGGAGCUUUUCUGUGAUGAAUAGAGUGAAGGGAAGAAACAGAAGACGUCAUUUGUUUAGUUGCAGUCAGCAGCGAUCGUGGCUGAGGCCACCAACUCGCUGCACUUUAGAACCCGGUGUAAACACGAGCCAGCUGCAACUCAUUCUAACCCAGGAUGUCACUGCUGCUGGCUCUCUGGCUCCGACACGGUCAUUAUGAACCCACUUAGAGACGCCCAGACCCAGGGGGUUGACACCAGACUCGCAACAGGGCUGGCUCCGUAUCUGACACGAGCAUUGUGAGCCCUCUAGAGGGACACACACGCACACCCAGGGCUUGAACCAGGAUCUUAGCAGUGCUGGUUUUCUGGCUUCGACACGGCCAUUAUGAACCCACUGAGAGACGCCCAGACCCAGGGCUUAAACCUGGAUCAUAGCAGUGUUGAUACGGUGUCUCCUACAGCGCCAUUAUGAAACCCCUUACAAGAUGCGCAGUAAAUAGCUUACUUGGUGUUAAUUACAAAUCUAAGAUUCGGCUGACACCAUCGCUGAUAUGUGAUGACGGUUUUGCUUCUAAUUUCACUUUAAAUUCAGGUUGUGGGUGCUUCCGCAGAUCUCUACAAUUUGUUUAAAUGCCUGUCUUUAGCUUGUAUGUGAUGUCGGUGAAAUAAAAUGUGCAAUCC